AUGACGAAGGCCCGGGAAGGCAAGGGGGUGGCUAGCCCCCACAAGAGCAUAGGCAGAGCCUCUGCAUCGGGGGAUGAAGCACCCAGCUCCGUCAAGCGCCUGUCCCUGACACGCUGGCUGUCCCAGUCCAGCCAGAAGGCGCUGCCAGAGAAGGAGAGCUCCAGCUCGGACUUUUACAAGGAAUGGGGAAUAACCAAGGAGAAGGAGGCCGAGCUCCUGCAGGACUUUCGGCGCCAGGUCGAGCAGGACGUGGGGCGGCUGCGGCCUUUCUUCGACGACUUCUACCUGCGACGCUUCCUUCGGGCGCGGGGGCACGACCUGAGCAAGGCUAAGGCCAUGUUCCUUGCCCACCUCAAGUUCCGGAAGGACUAUGGGGUCGACACCGUGCUGGAGGACUUUGACUUUCAGGAGCGGGAUGCCGUGCUUUCUAUCUACCCCCAAGGGUACCACAAGACCGACAAGGAGGGGCGCCCCGUGUACAUCCAGCACCUGGGUCAGGUGAACCUCAAGACGCUGACCGACAUCACCACCGAGGAGCGCAUGCUGAAGUACCACGUGCAGGAGUAUGAGCGCUGCCUCAAGUACAUCUUCCCGGCAUGCUCCAAGGUGGCUGGUCACCAGGUGAACACCACGUUUGCGAUCCUGGAUGUCAAGGGCGUGGGCCUCAAGCACCUGACGGGGGAGACCCGCCGGAUACUGAGCGAGAUAGUGGAGAUUGAUUCGAACAACUACCCAGAGACGCUGGGCAAGACGUUGAUCAUCAACGCGCCCUCCAUGUUUGCGGUGCUGUUCAAGGCCGUCAAGCCGAUGCUGGAUGCCCGCACGCAGGCGAAGAUCAAGGUCUGCUCCAGCAGCUACCUGAGCGAGCUGCGGAAGUAUGUGGAUGACGAGAACAUCCCCUCUUACCUGGGAGGAAAGUCAAAGGGGUCCCUGGUGGAUGACGUGGGGCCAUGGCAGCAGCCGCAGCUCAUUGCCGAGAUCAACGCAGAGGUGGCGGCCAGGGACGGCCUGCCGCCCCCUCCCGGCCCUGUGUCUGCGGCUUCGGUGGAGGCGCCGGCCGCGGCGCCAGAGCCCAAAGUCCCCAGCGAGGAUAUGGUCGCCGCGGAGGUCCCCGCCCCUGAGGCCAGCGAGGAGGGCGGUCUGACGAUGGGCGAGGAGGUCUCCUCCACCACGACAUACCAGGUCACCUCCGCCUUUGCCGGCCAGUCCGGUGGCGAGUUCCUGCGGAAGGAGUCUUUCUACAUGGAUGCGGAGGACUACUACGAUGCCAGCUCGAGGCGGGGGUCCAUGACAUCAUAUGUAUCUGGGGACGAGAGCACGUACAGCUCCCCGCGCAUGGGCUUUGCGAGCGAGGCCGGCAGUCCCCUGGUCAGGCUGGGGACGGACGGGCCGGGCGGCGCCAUCCCCACCGUGCACGAGGGAGAGGUGCUGCCCGAUGUCCUGGCCAGGCCUUCCGUGUCCAUCGGGAGCCGCAUCCAGGAGGACGGCCUGCAGGAGCUGGCGGGCAGGGACAGCGAGGGGCAAGACCUGGUGCUGAAGGCGGGUCUCCAGAUACCCAUCCUCGCGCGCGUGCGAGCCCUUGAGCAGCGCUUCCCCGACGUGGAGAAGGGCCUGCGCAGGCAGCUCAGCAGCGGCGACAACCUGCCCAGUCGGUCCAUCGGGACGGGCACCCUGCUGAGCAGGGUGGUGGCGUUGGAGAGGGCGAUGGACACCCUCCUCGUCGCCCAGGACACCCCAGCUGUGGAGGUGGUGCAGGGAUUCCUGGACCGCAUCCAUGCGCAGAAUGCCUCUCUGGGAGCAUUUAUCACCGUCCUGGACAAGUCUGCUCUGGAACGAGCCGAGCAGAUUGAUGCUGAGGCGCGGGAGGGGCGACCCCUGGGCCCCCUGGCGGGGGUCCCCUUUGCAGUCAAGGACAACAUCUGUGCCAAGGGCGUGCAGACAUCGGCCGGGUCCCUGCUCCUGCGCGGGCACCUGCCCGCCUACGACGCUACGGCGGUGGCGCGGCUGCAGGCCGCCGGCGCCAUCCUGGUGGGCAAGACCAACCUGGACCAGUUCGGCAUGGGCAGCACCAACGAGAACUCCGGGUACGGCCCCGUGCGCAACCCCUGGGACGCGCGGCGCGUGCCGGGCGGGUCCUCGGGCGGGUCGGCCGCCGCAGUGGCGGCGGGCCUUGUCCCCGCCGCGCUGGGCAGCGACACGGGCGGCUCCAUCCGGCAGCCCGCCUCCUUCUGCGGCGUGGUGGGGGUGAAGCCCACCUACGGCAGGGUCUCGCGCUCGGGACUGGUGGCUUAUGCCAGCUCCCUGGACUGCCUGGGCGUGCUGGCGGGGAGCGCGGCAGACGCGGCUGAGAUGCUGGCAGUCAUGUCCGGGCAUGACGACCUGGAUGCCACGAGCAGCCACCGAGAAGUCGGGGACCUGCGGCCUGCCGACCCUGCGCCCUCCGACGCCCGGCCGCUGGCGGGCCGCAGGGUGGGCGUCAUCGCCGAGACGGUCGGCGAGGGCGUCGACGCGAGCGUGGUGGAGGCGCUGCAGGCCAGCGCCGCUCAUCUGGAGUCGCUGGGGGCCACCGUGGAGCAGGUGCACCUACCAUCCUUCGCCUCGGGGCUGCCGGCCUACUAUGUCAUCGCCCUGAGCGAGGCCUCCAGCAACCUCUCGCGCUACGACGGCGUGCGGUAUGGGCAGCGCGCACAGCGUGAAGAGCUGCGCGAGAUGAUGCGGGCCAGCCGGCAUGGGGGCCUGGGCGCUGAGGUGCAGCGCCGCAUCCUGAUGGGCACCUAUGCCCUGUCGGCCGGUUACUACGACGCCUUCUACCUGCGGGCGCAGCAGGUGCGGACCCUGGUGACGCGCGAGCUGCAGCAGGCCCUGCGGCGCUGUGACGUGCUCCUCUCCCCCGCGGCCCCAACCCCGGCUUAUGAGCUGGGCCAGAUCUCCGAAGAUCCGCUGGCCAUGUACAAGGGCGACAUGAUGACGGUGAACAUCAACCUGGCAGGCCUUCCCGCGGUCACCGUCCCGUGCGGCUGGGCGGCGGCCGGUGGCGAGGGAGGCGCCAACACACAGGCCCCGCUGCCCAUCGGCAUGCAGCUCAUCGGACGGCCCUUCAGCGAGGCCAGCCUGCUCCAGCUGGCCCACGUCUUCGAGCUGACCAACCCGGAACGGGCACGGCACACACUGCCAGAUGCAGGGCGGUGA